GUCCAGGUUCACUGCGAGCCGCUCGCACGACAGUACGCGCAACAGUUGCGUCGGGACGAGGAAGACGUUACGAGCGAGGGAUACACGUCGUCGAUAGUCGACGUAUCGGCCGACCGAACGACCAUCGGAAAGUGAGGUGAUCGACGCGCGGCGGAUUCGCGCUGGUUGGUAGACGUUGGUAGUCGCGAGCGAGAUUCGACGACCGAGAGGACGACGCGCGCGACUUUGCGACUUUGCGCUCGAUCGGAUGUACGCCGUGUUGCUAUGGAAAUCCGCGAGAACGAUUGCAUCAGCCGCGAAUUAGAGACGCUCAGGUAAACAACCACGCCUGGGCGGUAUUGGCCACCGACACCUCGCUCCAGCAUGAGCGAGAAACGAUUAUCGCUGGGCAUUAACGUCAGCAUCCUGCUGAUACUGACGAUAUUCGGCGUGCUGUUGUUCCUGCCGUUGCGAUUAUUGUUCGACACGAAUUAUGACAAUCGGGACGGCGAAGAAACCAAUGCCACUGACUCGGAAAGAGGAAGAGCGCCCGUGAUACCGAUCGAUCAUCGGAAAUUGAAACGUUGCCCGAAUUUACCGUACGAGGAUCACCUGUCGUCGAUCUUUCUGAGUGAUUACGAUAGAAAUUGUACGUAUGUGCAAGAUGAUGACGACGACGACGACGACGAUGAUGAUGAUAAUAAGAACAGUGAUAGUAAUGAUGAUGAUGAUGAUGAUGAUGAUGAUGACGACGACGAGAAUAGGAAGAUUCGUGAGAUUAAAAAGGGCAUCGGCGAACUAACGAGAGAAAACGCUGAAGAUCUUUUGAAAACGCGCCAAAUGAAGUCUGUCACGAUUGCGGGCCACAUACUUGUGGCAAUGUUACUCGUAUCAGUAAUAGCCGCUCUCGUUGAAGUACUACGAACACGCUUCGAAUUCGCCAGAGACAAAGAUUCGUCUAGGGCAGGCAUGACUACUUCUCGGCGAUGCUCCUUCAACGUGGACACAUCCGUUCCAAGACGUCCCAUUUCAAGAGAAUUAAUUAGGAGUCAGAGGUCUUUUGAGGUACAAGGAAUGCGCCGUUCCCCAUUGGAAUUCCGUUUAUUAGGAGCGCGACCGCCUGUGCUUAUUCGCCGCUCCUCGUUCCCGAUACCACAAACGAAUCAAGCCGCUACUUCGUCUUUUUUUGGUACGUCGACCAGCCGGCUGACGCGACGUCCAUCGGCUGAAUCGGACGAAGAAACCCGAGUCGUCACCAAUGCUCUUCAUCAUCGCAUCCGUCUGAUCCGACGCCAUUAAGAUGCCACGAGAAUAGUAAUAUCUCAGUUCAUCGAAUCGUUGACGCAACUAUAUCAAUAAUAAUAAUAACAGGGUACGCGCUUCUUUGACUAAAAGGUCAGAUGCAACGCACAACGAUCAUAUCCUAUGACUUUUUUGACGCUCAUGCAACGUCGAAAAGUUUUUCACCGAGAAAUAAAUAAAUUCAUAGUUAUAUUUUUCACUUUACCCUUCACGGCGGCUUUACUAGUGUUUCAUCUAUACAACGCUUUUAUAUCAUGCUAUCGACUAAGUUCUGCUUUCUAGCCAUGCGAUAAUUUAAAAAUGCGAAAAGAGUACUCAGUAUAGUAACACGAAAUCAAACAUUACCGAGAAUCAAAUAUUAGCGCAAGUCAAAUAUUACUGCAGUGUAAAGCUGAAUUCUUGUAGCUUGUAUGUAGGAACUAAUAUGCUUAAUCGAGCAAUAUCUAUUUUCUAUAUUGGAUUACUGUUAUUUUAAGAUUAUGUAAUAAUCAAAUUAAAAGUUGUAAUGUCGUCAACGCGAUUAGUUCAAUCCGACGAUUUAAAAUUUACUAA